ACGCCCAAGAGCGUGCUGUUGACUGGUGCGUCUCCUCCGGGGUCGACGCCAUAGCCGAGGAGACCGUGAACACUAUCAGGGUACAAGACACCCGUCACGGAAGGAUCGGUUACGGCAACUUGUAG